AUGGCGGACGCACAGAAGCAAAUGCAGGCGCUUACGGAAGAGUUCCAGACGUUGCAGACUGAGCUCGACGGUCUAGUCGAAGCGCGCCAGAAGCUCGAAUCCCAGCAGCAGGAGAACGUCGGCGUUCAGAAGGAGUUCAAUUCCCUUGAUGACGAGUCGAACAUCUACAAGUUGAUCGGACCGGUUCUGCUGAAGCAGGAUAAAAAUGAGGCUAUGAUGGCUGUCAAUGGACGUCUUGAGUUCAUUGAGAAGGAAAUCAAGCGCAUUGAGGGACAGAUUCAGGAGAACCAGGACAAGGCUGACAAGAAGCGCGCUGAGAUCGUUCAGUUCCAGACUCAGAUGCAACAAGCGGCGGCGGCUGCUUCUGCUUGA